CAUUUCCCCACUCUCUUUCGUCGAUACACGCAGUCGUCGCGUCACGGGCUCAGAUCUGCACAGCCCAAAACCCUCUCUCUCUCUCUCUCUCUCUCUCUCUCUUUCUCUCUCUGUUGAUGUUGGCUCUUACACAGACAACGAAGACGAUGGAAUCUGUCUGAUCUGCCCUUCUACUUCUCAGAUCUGUAUUUGCAAUUUGUUAGGGUUUGAGAGAGCGAGAGAGACGAAGAAUGCUGACGAAAUUCGAGACAAAGAGUAAUAGGGUAAAAGGGCUGAGCUUCCACAGCAAGAGGCCAUGGAUCCUAGCGAGCCUCCACAGUGGUGUCAUCCAGCUCUGGGAUUACAGGAUGGGGACCCUCAUCGACAGAUUCGACGAGCACGAUGGCCCUGUACGUGGGGUCCACUUCCACAAAUCUCAGCCACUAUUCGUCUCCGGAGGAGAUGAUUACAAGAUCAAAGUCUGGAAUUAUAAGAUGCACCGGUGCCUAUUUACACUUCUUGGUCACCUUGAUUACAUCCGCACAGUUCAGUUCCACAAUGAGUACCCAUGGAUUGUGAGUGCUAGCGAUGAUCAAACUAUUAGAAUAUGGAACUGGCAGUCCCGGACUUGUAUCUCUGUUUUAACUGGACAUAACCAUUAUGUCAUGUGUGCUUCUUUUCAUCCUAAAGAAGACCUGGUUGUAUCAGCAUCUUUGGAUCAGACAGUGCGUGUCUGGGAUAUAGGUGCUCUGAGGAAGAAGACUGUGUCUCCUGCAGAAGACAUUCUGCGACUCAGUCAGAUGAACACGGACUUAUUUGGGGGAGUCGAUGCUGUUGUCAAGUAUGUCUUGGAAGGUCAUGAUCGUGGAGUCAACUGGGCUGCAUUUCAUCCCAGCUUGCCUCUGAUCGUGUCGGGAGCAGACGAUCGCCAAGUAAAACUGUGGCGAAUGAAUGAUACAAAGGCUUGGGAAGUUGACACAUUGAGAGGACACAUGAAUAAUGUGUCUUGUGUAAUGUUCCAUGCAAGACAGGACAUCAUUGUGUCCAACUCAGAGGACAAAAGCAUCCGUGUAUGGGAUGUCACAAAACGGACUGGUAUUCAGACAUUCCGUAGGGAGCACGAUCGUUUCUGGAUUCUGGCAGCACAUCCAGAAAUGAACCUUCUGGCAGCUGGUCAUGAUAGUGGCAUGAUUGUCUUCAAGUUGGAGAGGGAACGGCCAGCCUUUUCCGUUAGCAGUGAUUCACUAUACUAUGUCAAAGACCGUUUUCUACGCUUCUAUGAGUUCUCAUCUCAAAAAGACAACCAAGUGAUCUCAAUUCGUCGACCCGGUUCCACUAACUUGAAUCAGGGACCAAGAACACUGUCUUAUAGCCCUACAGAGAAUGCUAUCUUGAUUUGUUCUGAUGUGGAUGGAGGAGCCUAUGAACUGUAUAUUGUGCCCAAGGACAGUGCUAGCAGGAGUGAUACAGUGCAAGAAGCAAAGAGAGGAGUAGGUGGAUCGGCGGUUUUUGUUGCCCGCAAUAGAUUUGCUGUGCUUGACAAGAGUAGCAAUCAAGUGUUGGUCAAAAACCUUAAGAAUGAGAUUGUUAAGAAAAGCAGCCUCCCUGUUGCUGCUGAUGCAAUAUUCUACGCUGGGACAGGCAAUUUGCUAUGCAGGGCUGAGGAUAGGGUGGUCAUCUUUGAUCUCCAGCAGAGGACCAUCCUCGGAGAUCUCCAGACCCCUUUCAUUAAAUAUGUGGUUUGGUCGAAUGAUAUGGAGUCGGUAGCUUUGCUCAGCAAACAUGCGAUUAUCAUUGCAAGUAAGAAACUUGUGCACCGAUGCACACUUCAUGAGACAAUUCGUGUUAAGAGCGGUGCCUGGGACGACAAUGGUGUCUUCAUAUAUACAACCUUGAACCACAUCAAGUACUGCCUUCCAAACGGGGACAACGGGAUUAUCAAGACCCUUGAUGUCCCAAUAUACAUCACAAAGGUUUCUGGGAAUAUCAUCUAUUGCUUGGAUCGGGAUGGAAAGAACCGUGCAAUUGCUAUUGAUGCAACAGAGUAUCUUUUCAAACUUGCCCUUAUAAAGAAGAGAUAUGACCAUGUCAUGAGCAUGAUCCGAAGCUCACAGCUUUGUGGGCAGGCUAUGAUUGCCUAUCUGCAACAGAAAGGCUUCCCAGAAGUUGCUCUGCAUUUUGUCAAAGAUGAGCGGACCCGCUUCAACUUGGCGCUAGAGAGUGGUAACAUCCAGAUUGCGGUUGCUUCAGCUAAGGAGAUUGAUGAGAAAGAUCACUGGUAUAGGUUGGGCAUUGAGGCCCUUCGGCAAGGCAAUGCGAGCAUUGUAGAAUAUGCCUACCAGAGGACAAAGAACUUUGAGAGGCUCUCCUUUCUGUAUCUUAUAACGGGGAAUAUGGAGAAGCUGUCCAAAAUGUUGAGGAUCGCCGAGAUUAAAAACGAUGUAAUGGGUCAGUUCCAUAAUUCCAUGUAUCUGGGUGACAUCCGUGAGCGUGUCAAGAUCUUGGAGAAUUGUGGUCAUUUGCCUCUUGCGUAUGUCACGGCUUCUGUUCAUGGGCUUACGGAAGUCACUGAUAGGCUUGCAGCCGAGUUGGGAGACAAUGUACCUGCUCUGCCCGAGGGCAAAUCGCCUUCACUUCUGAUGCCCCCUGCCCCCAUCCUCUGCGGUGGGGAUUGGCCCUUGCUGAGGGUCAUGAAAGGAAUACUUGAAGGCGGGUUGGAUAGUGUGGGCAGGGCGGGGCAGGAGGAAGAUGAAGAGGCUGCUGCCGCUGAUUGGGGUGAGGACUUGGAUAUUGUUGAUGUAGAUGCCAUGCAGAAUGGAGAUGUUGUAGUAGUUGAGGAUGGGGACGUUAAUGAAGGCAAUGAUGAUGAGGAGGGAGGAUGGGACCUUGAAGAUCUAGAGCUACCCCCUGAGGUUGAUACUCCAAGAGCUGCUGCUAACGCACGCUCAGUUUUCGUUGCCCCAACCCCAGGUAUUCCUGUGAGCCAAAUCUGGACACAGAAAUCAUCUCUUGCUGCCGAGCAUGCAGCGGCAGGCAAUUUCGAUACUGCCAUGCGCCUACUGAGCCGUCAGUUGGGUAUAAAGAACUUCAUUCCUUUGAAGCCCAUGUUUCUUGAUCUACACAUAGGCAGCCAUACCUAUCUGCGGGCCUUACCUUCAGCGCCUGUGAUCCCUCUGGCAAUUGAGAGAGGGUGGAGCGAUUCUGCUAGCCCAAAUGUGAGGUGCCCACCGGCACUCAUCUACCAGUUUUAUCAGCUGGAUGAGAAACUCAAAACUGCUUACAAGGCCACCACUGAGGGGAAGUUCGGUGAUGCUUUGAAGCUCUUCCUCAAUAUCUUGCACACAAUUCCUCUGAUUGUUGUCGGGUCAAGGAGAGACGUGGAUGAGGUCAAGGAGCUGAUCAGCAUUGCAAAAGAGUACGUGCUGGGCUUGCGUAUGGAGGUCAGAAGAAAGGAAAUCAAAGAUGAUACAGUGCAUCAACAGGAGUUGGCAGCCUACUUCACACACUGCAACCUUCAGAGGAUCCAUCUGAGGCUUGCGCUGGCAAGUGCCAUGAACAUUUGCUACAGGGGAGGAAACUAUAUUACAGCAGCCAAUUUCGCUAGGCGGCUUCUGGAUACGGACCCACCUAAGGAGGCCCAGGCAGCGGUGGCCAGGAAAGUGUUGCAGGCUUGUGAGAAAAACAUGAAAGAUGCAACUCAACUGAAUUACGACUUCAGGAACCCAUUUGUGGUCUGUGGGUCGACAUUUGUGCCAAUAUACCGUGGGCAGAAAGAUGUCUCAUGCCCAUAUUGCGGUGCACGUUUUGUGCCAGCCAUUGAGGGCCAGCUUUGUACCAUUUGUGAUCUUGCAGUAGUUGGAGCAGAUGCAUCGGGUCUCCUCUGUUCCCAGGCCCAGAUGAGAUGAUCGAAAAAGAAUCUUCUAAUGCCUUGUGGGCUGUGUAGAGGAAGGUGUACUUGAAACUGUGGAAAAGGUGAGAGCUGUCCGGACAAAUUCAAGCUUUCCAGAGACGCUGCUGCUGGUUUGGCCUUUGCAGACCAGGUAGGAGUUUCCAUGCUUUCAGUUUGGUUGAAUUGUUGGGUACUUUCUUGGUUUCUUCUUCGUGCUUUUAAUUUUGAUUAUGAUUUUUGGGUUCGUCUCUCGUAAUAAACAACUUGUUUCUGGCAGAGAAUUUUGGCCGCCUGUUCUUGUUUUAGUUAUUGUUGUGGACAAGAAUGGAAAGCACCAUUUCCAGUCAGGUGAUAAGUAAAAAAGACAGCUUGUAUGUAAAACCUCGGAUGCAUUUCAAUAUGGUAGUAGAUACCCUGAAACUCUGUCUAUGUUGGUUAUCUUAGUAGAGAUUGUACUCUCGCUUUUUAUUU